AGAAUAUCCAACGCUACGGUACCUUCAAAGAUUCUUUCUUACAUAUUGAGCAAAAAUAUAUAUGCAAAAAGAACGAAGGAAACAAAAAAAAAAAAUUCCUCUAUAGCUCUUCUCUCGCUCGCUCUUAUCAAUCAUCAAACCCAACUCGUCUUUCUCUCCCGGGUUUCUUCUUUUUCUUCUCCUCUUCCUAUAUUAUUGUGAAAAAUUUCCCACCAUGACACCUCCUUCCCUCUCUAUAAAUCCCACUCUCUCCCCUCUCUUCUCCACCGCUACUUGUUCCUCCUCUGCUUCUGUCACUGCUUCACCUGCUACUUCUCUUUGCUCUACCGCUACCCAUUCUUCCGUUUCCUUCCAAGUUUCGAGGUUUAGGUCUUGCGGAGCAAAACCCAUCAGCCUAUUUGCCAAAGAGAUUGGAUUUAACGAGAGUUACAGGAGAAAGGGUAGUGUAGUUAGAGCUGAAGAAGGGAGUGGCAGUGAGAAAAUGACCAUCUCCGAUUAUGUUGAAGAGGAAGAGAAUGUAGAGGAAGAGAAUCCUCCCCUUUUACUUGAUUCAGAGACCAAUUCCAGGCCUCGUCGCAUUGCUCUCUUUGUUGAGCCUUCUCCCUUUGCGUAUGUGUCAGGAUAUAAGAACCGAUUCCAGAAUUUCAUCAAGUACUUGCGCGAAAUGGGGGACGAGGUGAUGGUGGUGACAACACAUGAAGGUGUACCCCAGGAGUUCUAUGGUGCCAAAUUGAUUGGAUCGCGAAGCUUUCCUUGCCCCUGGUAUCAGAAAGUACCAUUGUCCCUUGCACUUAGUCCUAGAAUAAUAUCCGAGGUUGCCAGAUUCAAGCCGGAUAUCAUACAUGCAUCAUCCCCUGGAAUAAUGGUUUUUGGUGCCCUUGCUAUUGCAAAAAUGUUGUGUGUUCCCAUAGUGAUGUCGUAUCAUACGCAUGUCCCUGUAUACAUCCCUAGGUACACUUUUAGUUGGCUGGUGAAGCCCAUGUGGAUGGUCAUAAAGUUCCUCCACCGAGCUGCUGAUCUUACUCUGGUACCUUCAGCUGCCAUUGGGAGGGAUCUCCUAGAAGCUCAAGUGGCAGCAGCUAAUAGGAUUCGUCUUUGGAAUAAAGGUGUUGACUCAGAGAGCUUCAACCCUCAGUUCCGUUCGCAUGAAAUGCGAGUGAGAUUAACCAAUGGGGAACCUGAGAAACCAUUGAUAGUCCACGUUGGCCGACUUGGAGUUGAGAAGAGCUUGGACUUCCUCAAAGGUGUGAUGGAUAGACUUCCAGAUGCUAGGAUUGCCUUCGUUGGAGAUGGACCGUAUAGACCAGAGCUGGAAGAGUUGUUCAAAGGGAUGCCAGCCGUGUUCACUGGAAUGUUGGGAGGAGAAGAACUCUCCCAAGCAUAUGCAAGCGGAGACGUGUUUGUGAUGCCUUCUGAAUCCGAGACACUAGGGCUUGUGGUCCUGGAGGCCAUGUCUUCAGGAAUCCCAGUGGUUGGGGUUCGAGCUGGUGGCAUUCCGGACAUAAUUCCACCGGAGCUCGAAGGCAAAAUCGGGUUCCUGUUCAGCCCUGGAGAUCUCGAUGAAUGCGUGGACAAGUUGGGAACUUUGCUUCAUAACCAAGAGCUGAGGGAGACCAUGGGUAGAGCAGCAAGGAUAGAGAUGGAACAGUAUGAUUGGAGAGCUGCCACUAAGACGAUCCGGAACGAGCAGUACAAUGCCGCCAUUUGGUUCUGGCGGAAGAAGAGAGCGCAGCUUCUCAGACCUCUUCAGUGGCUGGUGAAGAGAAUCUUCCCAUCUCCAGAAGUUCAUUUUCAGUGAAAGGCACCAACUGCGAUUGGAAGAUGUAAACUGAGAAACGGUAUAUAUGUGUAGGAGGAUUGAUUGAAAUAGACUGCUUGUCUGUGAGAUGCCAUUGGAAAGCUAUUUGUGUUGAGAUUUGGAGUCUGGAGACCAUGAAAAAUGGGGGGUGGUCUAUACUCUAUUGUUGUGGCGGAAAUGACAAGGAUAGUCUUACAAAGGUAAUUUGGCUUGAUUUGGUUCAGAAAUUUGAUUUGAAAAACACCAAAAAAGAGAACGAUAUAGAGUUCUCUGUACCUUUUCACUUUCAGGAGCUAAAAAGUUCUGGUAUGCAUUUGCUUACUAAAAUGUUUUGUUGAUGAAUGAUUUGG